CCCGCCCACCGGGGCCGCUCUGGCGCAUGCGCAGCCCCGCGCCCUCCGCCGCGUCCUCUGAGGGCCAUGGCGGGGGCGCUGCGGAAGACCACUGGACUUGUAGGAUUGGCUGUAGUUGAAAACCCUCAUGAGCGCCUGCGAAUUCUGUACUCAAAAAUACUUGGUGUCCUGCAAAACAUUCCCAAAGAUGCAGCAUAUAGGAAAUAUACUGAGCAGAUCAUAAAUGAGCGAUUUGAUUUGGUGAAAAAGGAGAGUGAUGUGCAAAAACUACAGGACAAACUGAACAGUGGUUGCAUAGAAGAAGUCAUUGUACAGGCUGAAAAUGAGCUUUCCCUGGCAAGAAAAAUGAUGCAGUGGAAACCGUGGGAGCCUCUAGUUGAAGAACCUCCUUCUGACCAGUGGAGAUGGCCAAUAUAAUUUUCAAAAUGGUGUAACCUCUGUAAAAACAAAACUUAAUUAUUAAUCUAUUGUUACUGACAGUUGUCUUUAAAUUAAAGAUAAUCACUUCAUUAAAAUAUAUUUUGUCCUAAA